AUGGCGUGCACAGUAAAUGUAGUUAUUCACAUGCGCAUGCGUCUCGCCGUCCGCGCCUGGCCAUCGCGAACUCGAUUCGAAACGAGAUGCGCUCCUGCCAUGGGCAGCAAUUGUUGCAAGGGUGACGCAGCUGGGAAACCCCUCGUGCGGUCGAGCUCUUCGAUCUACAACAGGACUCGUGCGGGAGCGAAACUAAACGACCGCUUUACCACGUCUGACGACGCAGGCGGCGUUCGUCUUACCAUUACCGCUGCAAAGACCGGAGACAGCGGUGUUUACACCCUACAAGCCAGCAAUGCUGCCGGGAAAGAUACGACCCGGGUACAAUUGGAAGUUUCCCCGGACGAAAUGCCAACAGGUGAAGACCCACCAACUUUCCUACGGCGUUUGCAAGAUCUUACCGUCAAGGUUGGGACACGGACACGGUUUCUGGUCGAAAUCGUUAGCUCUACAGAAUGCAGGGUGACAUGGUACCGUAAUGAACGCCGGCUAUUAGAGGCAGAGAGGAUUGCGUUGGUGCGCGAUGGUAAUUUUUGGUGUGCUGACAUCUCCGCCGUGAGUGUGGACGAUGCUGGCCGCUGGACCUGCACCGCCGAGAAUAUUGGAGGCAGGGCGAGCUGCUCCGCACAUCUUAAUGUUCUAGUGCCAAAAGCCUACAAGCGUCCUGAAUUUGUUGAAGAACUUCGCGCGCUGCUCACUGAACAGGGCACAGUGUCGCUCGAGUGUAAAGUGGUGGGGGUUCCCACACCGGUGCUUCGGUGGUUUAAGGACAGCUGUGAGAUUAAAGCAGGCGAUGUUUUUGCCCUGACUGCAAAUGCUGAAGACCCAACUUCCUUGGGCACCUAUACAUGCGAAGCCGUCAACUGUAUGGGUAGAGCCUAUUCAUCAUCUAAAGUUCAUGUUGUGGGCCGCGCUAGCAGGGAGGGCUCCACACGACCAACUACUGCUGUGGUGACGCCAGAACGUCCUCCAAUAUUUACUAAGGAACUGGAAGACCAGUUCGUGAGGAUCUGCGACCCUCUUAUCUUAAGUUGUAGUAUCGUAGUGCCGCCGUGGCCUCGCAGCGUAGUUUGGUAUAAUAAGGAAGGGAAAAUCGAAGCAUCGGAAAGAUAUCGAGUGCUUGAAGAUGGUGUGGGUGGCUAUUUAUUAGAAGUACAGUCAGCGGAGUGGCCCGACGAAGGGGAAUGGAAAUGUGUGGCUACGAGUGCAGGGGGUAGGGUUGGCAUCUCCACAUGUUAUGUCUCCAUGGAUGUUCCAAAGAAUUAUCGCAAACCACGGUUUAUGGAGAAUUUGCAAGCUGUUUUGACUGAAGAAGGCUUGGUAUCAUUUGAAUGUAAGGUUGUUGGAUUUCCAACGCCGGUGCUAAGUUGGUUUAAAGAUGGCCAAGAAUUAAAACCUGGAGAUGUAUAUCAACUUACCGGUACAAACUCAUUAGGCUCGUAUUGUUGUAUAGCACGGAAUUGUAUGGGGCAAGCUAGUAGUUCUGCAGAAUUAACUGUGGAGGACAUACAAAAUCAACUUAACGAAGAAGAAAAAUUGCAAUUAUUUUCGAAAAAUCAAGCGCCCAAAUUCCUUCAAGGCUUAAAAAGUGUCGAAGCUAAAAUUGAUGAACCAUUUCGUUUUAUUAUUAAAGUUGCCAUUCCACCUGAACCUACAGUAUUAUGGUAUAGAGAUGAUCAACCAGUGGACGAAUCAUCUCGAUGUCAUUUAGUAAAAGAAGAGCGAGGUUUUUUCUAUCUUGAUAUUCAAAACUUAGAGUUUAUGGAUCAGGCUGAAUGGAAGUGUGUCGCUAUGAAUGAUUAUGGUCAUAGUGUUACUUCAUGUUUUCUUAAAUUAAUAAUACCACGACAUUAUAAAAAGCCAAGAUUUCUUGAAAAUCUUCAAGCUAUUUUGUCAGAUGAAGGUGCAGUUAAUUUGGAAUGCAAAGUUAUCGGUGUCCCGCAACCAGUUUUAAAGUGGUAUAAAGACGGAGAAGAAUUAAAGCCAGGAGACAUUCAUAGAAUUAUUUCUGGUCAAGAUGGAACAUGUUGUCUUGGAACAUAUACUUGUGAAGCACAAAAUUGCAUGGGCAUCGCUGCCAGCUCCGCAUCAUUACUUGGUUUCGAAGAUUCUAUGAAAGCGAAAAAUAAAAAGAAAACCGAUGAACAAGUACUACAAAGAAACUUAUCACUGAGUACUAUUCAUGAAGAAAGAACGUCUCAAAUGUACGACACUCCUGUUGGUGAUAUCACAUUAGAUGAAAGAGGCGAGAUAUCAUUUUCAUUUGAUGGUAAAGAAGUAUCUGUUUCCUUAUAUGAAACCCCAGACUUAACAGAAGAAGAAGCAUUACAAAUAGUUGAAAUGUACGCUGAUCAAUUAUCAGAAAAUGUCACGGAACACAAUGUCAUUGAACUUCCUCCUCUGAGAUUUGUUAAAGAGACUUCUACAUCAGGAAAUUUGUUGAUGGAGGCUAUAAUUAUUGACGUUUCCCCUGAGUAUUUUACUUCUCCAGAAGAGGAUCUUCGAACUGAAGCUGAUAUAGAAGAUAUUUCAAUUGCUGAUGAAAAUGGACCGCAGCAACUUUCGUUAGAUCAAGAAUCUGUGAAUGGUGAAGAUUAUUUAGAAAGAACAAUAGCUUUAUUAUCUGAAGAAAAAGCUGAUUUUCCUAAAAAAACAGAUAGGAAAAAGUCGGAUUCACAAAAAAGUGUCGAUGAUUACUUUAGUCUAUCAAGGGACCAGUCAAUUACUGAUGAAAAAAAAGAUGAUGACACCCAAGCAUUAUCUGAAAGUGAGCUGCAAAGUUAUGCAAGUGCGCGUAGUUCAGGAAAACCCAAAUCAAAAUCCUCAAAACCUUCUCUUGAUGAUGGCGGGGAAUCUUCUGAAAUAACUAAGACGGUAUUGCUUAGAGAAGAUUUACAAAAACAGACAAGUGAAGAAGAUAACAUAAUUUAUAAAAAUAGCCUAAAACGACGUAGUAGUCGAGGAUCAAGAAGAUCUAGCUCUGGCAGUGAUAAAUCUAUAAAUAAAACGAAUGAAAAUCUUGCUACAGAAAAUCUAGAUUCUAAUGAUAUUUUAAGAAUAACUUUUAAAACUCAAGAGAAUGUUAAAACAGAAAUUACGGAUAUAAGUUCGUCACUCACAAAAGUAAUAAAUGACAUACAAAUUAUCGAACGAGAUAUAAUACUUAAAUCGGAGCUGAUGUCCACUGCAGCUACAGCAUCUCAGAGCUUAGAAAUUAUUAAUAGUUUAUUAACUCCACUGACGGAAAUACAUAGUAUUACAGAUGCUAUACGAGAAAUAAGUGAAUCAUCGGAUAUUGUUAUACCACUAUUAAAUCGGCUUCCACAGUCACUAGAAACUUUGCAACAAUCACUAACGAUAAUCAGCAAAUGUAUUGAUUACGAAAGUGAUAAAAAGACAUUGGUAAUGAAAACUUCCACAUCUAUUAUUGAAAAGUGUGGCAAUGAGUUAGAAAAUGCAAUGAAAGGAAUUAUAUCAUUACAUAACAUUGUUAAUGAACUUACAAAUGUGAAGGCUCUAAGUAUCGAAAAGGUUACUACAGAUAUAAUAAGCACUAUAAAUGAUGCAACGAAUAUCGUAAAAAAACACAAAAAUCUAAAUAUAGAAAUCGAUACAAAUAUUAGUGAAGUAUCUAUAGAGUCAAAACAUUUAAAUGAUACUCAGAAAGUUACACAUGAAUUAAGAAGUUCUUUAAAAUCGCUUUUACAUAUUUUGGAUGAGGUAGACAUAUCAACUAACAGAUAUUUCAAAAUUAGCAAUACUGAAAUUAUUUUAAAUGACAUGUCUAUUCCUAUUCAAGAUUUACAAAAUGCGUUAGAACAUAUAGAGGCUCUAUCAAUAACGGAGUCUAAAUAUAACUUACCAAAAUAUAACACGCAAGUUAUAGAGACGGUAAUGAACUCUGUUUUAAAGCUAAGAACAUCAUUUGAACAACUGUCUGCAGAUGUUGAUAAGAAUGAUAAUAAAGACGGUUUAAAUGAAAUUAUAAAUGCAAUCAAAUUUGAUAUAAGUGAAAUUUCUUUGCAUCUGAAUAAUUUAGAAGCAAAAACAGGAAAAUAUGACAUUUUAAAUAGUGAUAACAAAUUGGAAGUCUUGCAAAAAAUGGCACAUAUAUUAAUUACUUUAGAGAACAAUUUACCUCUAUUAGAAAGUACACCGAGUGUAAAAACUCAUUUUUCUGAGUUUCAUAAAAAUAUGACAAAAAUUCUUGAAAAUGUGAUUGAAAGUAAUGAAGCUGAAAAAUAUAUACAUUUUUUGGAAAUUUGUGACAGUAUCAAUAGGGUAAACGCAUCUUUGAAAAAUAUUGAAGUGAAUAAUGUUUUAUCGCUAGCUAGUAUUAGUAAUACUCUUAAAAUAAUUCAACAAAACGUUAGUCAAAAUAUAUUUGAUCUAGAUUUAAACCUUUCUGUAACAUCAUGUAUAACAAAUGUACUAGCUAAUAUACAAAAAUCUAUUAAUAAUGUAGAAGAAGAAACAUUGAACUUAGAAUUGGAAAAUGCCCAAGACUUAAUCAUAAGAAAGUAUGAUGAAAAUAAAGUUAGCAUAGUAUUCGAAAAUAUAGAACAAACCAUUGCUUCAUUGAGCAGUGUAACACUUCAUGAAACAGUAACAGAUCUAUCUUUGGUAACUAUUUUAAAUAAAAUAUGCCCUAUUUUAGAAGAUCUUAAGUGUAAUAUUGCUAAUGUUGUACAAGAAGCGGAAAACGAUGAAAAGAUAUCUGAUUUGGACAGUUUCUCUUAUACGGAGUCUAUCGCACAUCAAAUUUGCAAUUUACAUCAAACCAUAAAUGUGUUAAACCAAGUCUUAUAUGAAAACGUAGGUAGUCAAGAAAACUAUCAAAUAUUAAACGAAUACGUAAAACCACUGUUAGAAUUAAGUAAUACUUUGCAAAUUUUACAACAAGAUGUAAUAUCUCAAUGUAAAGAUAACAUAGAGAGCACCGAAAUAAGCAGCAGCAUUGCAAAUGUAGUAGAAAGUCUUCGAAGUUGUAUGCUAGCUAUACAGGAACAGCCAAUUAUAGAAGCAGUGGAUGAUAUGUCUACAUUAGAAGAUAUAUCCGGCCUAAAGUCUACAGCAGAGAUUUUACCAUGUGAUACUCUUAAUACGGCAGUUGUAAAAGAAACAACAUGUGCGGAAUAUGAUGCAAACUUUACGCCUAUAUUGCAAUCAGCUUCAUGCAAAGUUUUACAAUCUUUAAGCAACCAUAUUAUGAAUAUAUUAAAUCCACAAACUGUUGAAGUUAUUGAUUUUCUCACAAAUGAUUAUAAUUUGUCAGAUCUUAAAUCAAUAAUUACUGAAUUAGAAACUAUAAAUUCAAGUGUUCAAGUUAUAUUACAACAAAUAGAAGAGUUUGAAAAGGUUCCUAUAAUCAACUCACAAAUAGCAGAAAUAGUCCAAUCCAUACAAGUGAUACAUGAGAAAUUGUUAAGUUCACAAAUAAUUAAUAUUGAAAUUAUUGACCAUAUGACUCAAGCAGAUAAAGAAAAAGUUUAUCUUUUAACAGAAAACUUAUCACAACUAAAAAAUAAGUUAAGUGAAAGCUUAUGUAUGUUAGAACCAGCAAUUGAAGUGGUAGAUUCUGUAAUUAAUGACUCCUACAACGUACUAAAAUUGCGCCAAAUAUGUGAACACUUAAAUAUUUUGUUACAAAAUAAAUCUUCAAGUAUUCUAAUAAAAAGUGAAAUAAAUACAUUAAAGGAAAUAGUGAAUGAUUUUAUGGAAACAACAAAUAACCUACAAGAAAUUAAAAUACCACAAAUAAAAUGUAACAUAGAAAAUCUUUAUACUACUGUGGCGGUGAAGGAAGACGAAUUAAUUAAAUUUACUGCUCAACAAUCUGAUUUAUUACAAGAUGAAGCGUUGAUUAUAACGUGUAUAGCUGAUCUUAAAAGUGUUGUUGCAUCUUUGCAGGAGAGCCCGUACUUGAACAUAUCUUGCGAUUUGGAAAUACCUUAUAGUACUAUGUCAUUUAAUGUCAGCGACGUAAAAAUGAAUGCAUUAAUGCAGGUCCAUACCGAUAUUAAAAAUAUAUUAAAUGAUGUACAAAGUAUUUCUAGAGAAACAUUAAAUGAUAAUAUGAUGCUUGUAGAAGAUUUUUGCAAGUCAUUUGAUAAUGAAAUCACUAUUUUACGUCAUUUAAUAAAGAAACCAAUGAGCCCCAAGAGAAUAAUUAAAUUAUUACAAGUUUUUUAUAAUCUUUGUAGUAAUUUCAAAGAAUUUAAAUAUGGGCAGCAUGAAGUUCCCUUAGAAAAUAUAAACAGUCAUUUAAACAGUUUAUUUGUUAACACAGACGAGUGCCUCAAACAUUUACAAUUAUUAUUAACUGAAAUAAUUGAAACUCACUGUCACGUACUUUUUGAUACUCCCAUAUCUAAUAUAAAUAGUCUUGAAUUAAGGAUUAGAACAAUGAUAGAAAUUACUGAUAAUACUGAUCAAUCUCAAUUAUUUAAACAAUUCUUAAGUCUAAUACAAUCUACUCAACCACAUCUUGAAAAUUUACAAUCGUCUUUAAUUCAAGAAUUGUAUUUAUGUCCCACUAAAAAACCUGAUUUAAGUAAAAAGGAAACCGAACUUCUUAAAAAAUUUGAGUUAUUUACUUCUUUCCUUUCACAUCAAUUACAUAACUUAAGCGAGAAAGAUUCAUUCAAAGACGUUUAUUUACAAAUAUCGAAUGUUAUAAAAAAUCAUGAAGAUUACAAAGAUGCUAUUGGCAGUGGUAAAAUGCUGAUAAUUAUUAAAUGUAUGUCUGAAUGUUCACAAAUUUUACAACAAAAUAUGGAACAAGAACCAAUGAUUGUGUCAAAUGCAGAUAAUUCUUUAAGUAAGGAACUAUCCAAAAUAAAGAUUCCUCUUGAAAAUAUUUAUACGAAUAUUCUAAAUAUACAAAAAGAAUUUACCGCAGACUCCGAGAAAGCUCUCGUUUUAUUCGAGAUGAAUUCAAAUGACUUUAGCGAUUUGAAAGAAAUUAGUAGAGAAUUAAAUAAAUAUCAAGACCUAGAAAAUUCAUCCGUAACUUGUAAUGAUAUAGCUUUAAUAAAAGAACUUCAUGAUAAAAUACAUUUAUGUCAUGAAACUUUAACUGCUGUAAGAAAUAUAUCUGAUAGUGAAAGUAAUAAAAGUAUUUGUAAACCUAUUGAAAACAUUGAAAUAGUUUUACAUAAAAUUCUAUUAUCACAAAAUGUGAUCAAUGAAGAGGAUGGCAUUUCUAAAGGAAAUACUAAGGCUCUCUUACAACACAUGGCAGAGUAUAUCGAAGUAAUUGAAAUUGUUGAAGAGGUAUCAGCAGUUAUAAAACUAGAGGAUUUAAAAGAGUCAGCGGAUAUAAUACGAGAACUACAACAAAGUAUUGCAGCUUCUGAAAAUUUAGAUAGUAGCAACGAAGUUAACGUAGAGGGAAUAAAUAAAAAACAAUUACAACUGGCUCAAAAGUUGCAAAAAGCAUUAAUAUCUUUACAAUCUGAAACUUUCGAAGGUCAACAAGAAUGUAUACCUUCUAUUUCUAAAGAUGUACGUCAGCAAAUUAUUGAAGUCGUAAACGAAUUACAAAAUGAUUUAGUUGUUUUCACUGGCCCAAAUAAAAUUCUAGAGCAAAAUUUGACGUUGGAAGAUAUUAAAGAUCCAUAUCGUAAAGAAAAUAUAAUGAGUGAAAAUAUUUUAGUUGAAGAACAAAACAAAUCAAUUGAACUUGUUGAAAAUAAGAACAAGGUAUGGGUCGAAGGAGAAGAAACCUCAAUUGAAUACAAAGAAAAUGAAGAUGAUUUACAAAAUGAAACUGAUACACAUACAGUUCUUCUUUUGGAUCAAUCCCAGUUAGUAGAAGUUGCAAAAACAGAAUCAAUUAUUGCAAUUCAGAAUGCGGAAAGCAAAGAAACGAAAUGUCAUGCAAUUUUGACUCAUGAAUUACAAAAUGUAGAAUUAAUUAAAAACAUUCCUGAAGAACUUCAACAAAAUUUAACAUCAGUUGAUCAGAGUACUAUUGUUACUCUUCAAGAUACAUCUAAAGAAAAAUUAGUAUUAAUUAUUGACAAACUUAUAAAGAAUAUAGAAGAAUAUAUAUCUGAAGACACAAAGGUUAUCAUUGAUAAUCUAUCUCUUCCUGUACACUCUGGUCACUUAGAUCAUACAAAUAAAAUAGCAAAACGGUUGAAAGACUUUUCCUGUGAUUUAUUAUCUAGUCAUAAACAGUUGGCAAACUUCUCUACUGAACAAUUUGAAUUAGCACUUAGUUUAAAUCAAGCAUUAUCAAUAAUGUAUGCAACUAAUUUUGAAAACUCUCAAGAGACACUAGGAGUAGUUGGGGAAGAUAAAUUCAAUAUCGUUAAAACUAUUGUAAAUAAUCUACGCGCUACACUUCAAACAUUUAUAACAGUGGUAAAAACUUCAAUAGAAGCUGAACAGAAUGUGGCAAUAGAGGCUUUAGAUUUAACGAAAGAAAUAAAAAUAGAAGAAAAAGAAAUUACUAUGACAAAAGAUAAAACCCUUUAUUCAGAAGUUCAGACUUUAUCGCACUUCAAAGGAUUAUACGAAACCGAUGAAGCAUUAUUUAAUGUUGAGUCAGAAAUGCCUAAAGAUAUAACAAAGAAAAUUGAUAAUGACGGUAGUAAAAACGAAGAAAAUAUUUUAGAAACCAAUUCAAAUACAAGCAGUGUAAGAUUUUCUACAGUAAUUAAAAAAGAUACUCUUGAAAUUUCCACUACAAGUAACAUUGAAAAUCAAGAAGUUAAAAAAGAAACACUUUUAAAUCAGUUGGAGGAGUUCAUUUGUCUACAAACUGUUAACGUGAUUGAAAAAAUAUCAUCCUUGGUACCUAACUCAGAAAUGCUAAGCGAAUCUAUUCAAAUAGCACGUCAAUUACAGGAACUUUCUGUCCUGGAAGGGCCAGAAUCUGUUCAAUUUUCGAAACCACAGCUAGGCUUAGCCAUAAAGUUAGAAAAGGCCAUAUCAUCUAUGUGUGAAAUCGUAACUACAGAAAAUGAAGAAUUAAAAACUUUAAAUAUAAAUAAUGAACUGCAAAAGGCAACUAAUAUUAUAAGUGGCCUAAAAGACACAUUACACGCAUUAAUUACAUUCACAUUGUCUCAAGUUGAGGAACAAGUCUUAGAUCUAGAUGAAGUAAAGGUUAUUAUUACUCAAGCACCUGUUUCAUAUCAAUUAACUAUAAACGAAAACAUGUCAGAUUCUAGUUCAAAAGCGGCUUCAGCAAGCGUUGUAGAUGUACAUGAAGCAAAUUCAAACAUUGCUUUACCUGAAAGUAAAACUACCAAUGAUUUACUUAACGAUGGGACUACUAAUGAUGUAUUGAAAAAUGAAGUUAAUUCAUUAAUUAAUAUCACAUCAAAUGAAUCAAAUAACAAAAAUGAAAGCAAUGACCAAGUUACGGAUGAAUCUGCCAGUUUAUCACAAAACACACUUUUAAAACAGUUGGAGGAGUAUAUUUCUAUAGAAACUGUAGAUGUGAUUGAAAAAAUAUCACCUUUGGUUCCUGACUCAGAAAUGUUAAGCGAAUCUAUUCAAAUAGCGCGUCAAUUACAGGAAUUUUCUGUCCUCGAAGGGCCAGAAUCUGUUCAAUUUUCGAAACCACAGUUACGCUUAGCCUUAAAGUUAGAAAAAGCCAUAUCAUCUAUGUGUGAAAUCGUAAAUACAGAAAAUGAAGAAUUAAAAACUUUAAAUAUAAAUAAUGAACUGCAAAAGGCAACUAAUAUUAUAAAUGUCCUAAAAGACACAUUACACGCAUUAAUUACAUUCACAUUGUCUCAAGUUGAGGAACAAGUCUUAGAUCUAGAUGAAGUAAAGGUUAUUAUUACUCAAGCACCUGUUUCAUAUCAAUUAACUAUAAACGAAAACAUGUCAGAUUCUAGUUCAAAAGCGGCUUCAGCAAGCGUUGUAGAUGUACAUGAAGCAAAUUCAAACAUUGCUUUACCUGAAAGUAAAACUACCAAUGAUUUACUUAACGAUGGGACUACUAAUGAUGUAUUGAAAAAUGAAGUUAAUUCAUUAAUUAAUAUCACAUCAAAUGAAUCAAAUAACAAAAAUGAAAGCAAUGACCAAGUUAAGGAUGAAUCUGCCAGUUUAUCACAAAACACACUUUUAAAACAGUUGGAGGAGUAUAUUUCUAUAGAAACUGUAGAUGUGAUUGAAAAAAUAUCACCUUUGGUUCCUGACUCAGAAAUGUUAAGCGAAUCUAUUCAAAUAGCGCGUCAAUUACAGGAAUUUUCUGUCCUCGAAGGGCCAGAAUCUGUUCAAUUUUCGAAACCACAGUUACGCUUAGCCUUAAAGUUAGAAAAAGCCAUAUCAUCUAUGUGUGAAAUCGUAAAUACAGAAAAUGAAGAAUUAAAAACUUUAAAUAUAAAUAAUGAACUGCAAAAGGCAACUAAUAUUAUAAAUGUCCUAAAAGACACAUUACACGCAUUAAUUACAUUCACAUUGUCUCAAGUUGAGGAACAAGUCUUAGAUCUAGAUGAAGUAAAGGUUAUUAUUACUCAAGCACCUGUUUCAUAUCAAUUAACUAUAAACGAAAACAUGUCAGAUUCUAGUUCAAAAGCGGCUUCAGCAAGCGUUGUAGAUGUACAUGAAGCAAAUUCAAACAUUGCUUUACCUGAAAGUAAAACUACCAAUGAUUUACUUAACGAUGGGACUACUAAUGAUGUAUUGAAAAAUGAAGUUAAUUCAUUAAUUAAUAUCACAUCAAAUGAAUCAAAUAACAAAAAUGAAAGCAAUGACCAAGUUACGGAUGAAUCUGCCAGUUUAUCACAAAACACACUUUUAAAACAGUUGGAGGAGUAUAUUUCUAUAGAAACUGUAGAUGUGAUUGAAAAAAUAUCACCUUUGGUUCCUGACUCAGAAAUGUUAAGCGAAUCUAUUCAAAUAGCGCGUCUAUUACAGGAAUUUUCUGUCCUCGAAGGGCCAGAAUCUGUUCAAUUUUCGAAACCACAGUUACGCUUAGCCUUAAAGUUAGAAAAAGCCAUAUCAUCUAUGUGUGAAAUCGUAAAUACAGAAAAUGAAGAAUUAAAAACUUUAAAUAUAAAUAAUGAACUGCAAAAGGCAACUAAUAUUAUAAAUGUCCUAAAAGACACAUUACACGCAUUAAUUACAUUCACAUUGUCUCAAGUUGAGGAACAAGUCUUAGAUCUAGAUGAAGUAAAGGUUAUUAUUACUCAAGCACCUGUUUCAUAUCAAUUAACUAUAAAUGAAACCAUGUCAGAUUCUAGUUCAAAAGCGGCUUCAGCAAGCGUUGUAGAUGUACAUGAAGCAAAUUCAAACAUUGCUUUACCUGAAAGUAAAACUACCAAUGAUUUACUUAACGAUGGGACUACUAAUGAUGUAUUGAAAAAUGAAGUUAAUUCAUUAAUUAAUAUCACAUCAAAUGAAUCAAAUAACAAAAAUGAAAGCAAUGACCAGGUUAAGGAUGAAUCUGCCAGUUUAUCACAAAACACACUUUUAAAACAGUUGGAGGAGUAUAUUUCUAUAGAAACUGUUGAUGUGAUUGAAAAAAUAUCACCUUUGGUUCCUUACUCAGAAAUGUUAAGCGAAUCUAUUCAAAUAGCACGUCAAUUACAGGAAUUUUCUGUCCUUGAAGGGCCAGAAUCUGUACAAUUGUCGAAACCACAGUUACAAUUAGCCUUAAAGUUAGAAAAGGCCAUAUCAUCUAUGUGUGAAAUCGUAACUCCAGAAAAUGAAGAAUUGAAAACUUUAAAUAUAAAUAAUGAACUGCAAAAGGCAACUAAUAUUAUAAGUGGCCUAAAAGACACAUUACAUGCAUUAAUUACAUUCAAAUUGCCUCAAGUUGAGGAACAAGUCUUAGAUCUAGAUGAAGUAAAGGUUAUUAUUACUCAAGCACCUGUUUCAUAUCAAUUAACUAUAAACGAAAACAUGUCAGAUUCUAGUUCAAAAGCGGCUUCAGCAAGCGUUGUAGAUGUACAUGAAGCAAAUUCAAACAUUGCUUUACCUGAAAGUAAAACUACCAAUGAUUUACUUAACGAUGGGACUACUAAUGAUGUAUUGAAAAAUGAAGUUAAUUCAUUAAUUAAUAUCACAUCAAAUGAAUCAAAUAACAAAAAUGAAAGCAAUGACCAGGUUAAGGAUGAAUCUGCCAGUUUAUCACAAAAUGUUGAAGAGGCUACAAGUUCUAUACAAAAAAUAGAAAAUCUCUUAGAAGAAGUGCUCGACAUAAUAGAUCUAUCUAUGGAUACUAUCAGUGUCGAAAGUUCCGAUAUCCUACAAAAUACGCUUGACGAAGUGCAAACAAUUAUCAUGAAACUGAAAUAUGAAUGUGAUGGUACAAUAAGAGAUACGAUUAACGAAACUCUCGAAGAUUUGGAAUGCAAUGUAAGAAGUGUACAACUUCAAGUAAAUGAACAUUGUCCUACGAUGUUAUUAAAAGAAGCUUGUGUGAAUCUGCAGAUGCUUGUUUUAUCUUUAAACGAAGUCGGAAUUAUAGAAAGGGUUAAAAGUUUACCCAACACACUUUUUGAUUGUUCAGAUAAUGCAAAACAAUCGAUUGACUUAUUAGAAAAAGCUUCUUGUAUUGUAUAUGAAACGAAUUACGAAAAUAUUAUUUCAAACUUGAAGGACAUCAAGGAUACUUUAAAAAGUUUAAGAUCGAAUUUUAUGACUGACGCAGAGGCCUUAAUUAUAGGAGGGAUUGAUGUAAUUCAGAGCUUAGAUGAAAUAGAAGAAAGAAUAUUUUUAUUAGAAAAGGAUAUCGAUAGAGAAAUAAAUAUGGAUCCAGUAACAAGAGAUAGUAUAUUGACUGCUGUACAUUCGGUUUAUGGCAGUAUUUCAAAUAUGAGAGGGAUGAUUUCCAGUAUUCAAAAAAAAUAUAUGUAUGAUAAUUAUGGAAAACCAUCCGGAAACAUUUUGCAAUCUUUAAAAAACAUAAGUAAAAUUUCUAAACUUGACAAUAAGCCUCAUUGGAAAGCUGUUGCAAAAAGUCUUCGCAAAGUGUUAAAUCAUUUCGAAGAUAUUAAAUUUUAUAUAAAUUUAGAUAAAACAGCUAGGUUGCCUAGUGAUGCUGCAUUUACUAAAAUUAUUCUUGGUGAAUUAAAUUCUGUGAUCUUAGGAAUAAUCCAAGAAUAUAAAGAUUUAGAGGAUAAUAAACGUGGGCAUGAUUGUUCCAUUUGUGUUAGUAAAAUAUUAAGUGAUAUAGAGAAUAAGACAACACUUGAAGUAAAAGAAAAAAUACCUAUUUUCAUAAAUUUAUCAAGUACUAUUUUAGAAUUCACUCAGGUUAUGAAUAAUAUUGCAGAAAGCAUAGGUGAAAAUGCAUUAGAGAAUAUAAAUACAAAUUUAACUCCUGCCGCACAAGAAUUUUCUAUUAGUCCUUUCUCUGAUGAAGCGAAAGCUACAAGUAAAGAAAAAGAUAAAGAAGAAGUUAGUAAAAUAACUGAGUUUGAGAUAAUAGGACAGUUAGAAAAAAAUAAAAAAAUUGAGAAAAUAGAAAAUGAAGAUACAGAUUUAUUUCAGAAUGAAAGUCGAGAAAAUAAUAUGCUUCUUUUCGAAAAUGGAACUCAUAUUUUAGUUGAAAAUAAUAAUUUACAAAAAAGUAUUUUAAUUGAUUCUCAAAUCCCUCAAUCGGAAAAGAAAGAAUCAGUAAGCGAACUAAAAACACCUGAAUUUACAAAAAGCCAAGAAGACGAUAAUAAAGAAAAACAAAAAAAUAUUACUGAAAAUGAAGGUGAAAGUAAGAAAUCUAUUUUAGUCGAAGAAUAUAAUUCAGACACAAAAGAACAAAGUCUUACAGCUCGAGAAUGUAUUGAGGAUAAAAUUUUAGAGGACCAAGGUCAAAUUGAUCAACAAAAGAAUAUUAACGUUCAAAACAUACAAAAUUUAGAUAAAACUGAAAUUGAAGAAAGUAAUAAAAAUAUCGUGUUUAAUGAAUAUGAAGAUAACAAAAUUCAUGAAAUAUUAAAAAGCCAGAGCAAGCUAGAAAUAUUUGAUAGAGCAGGUGAAACAUUACGUAGUAGUGGGAAGAAUGUAAAUGACGUGGUAAUAAUAAAGGAAAAAAAAUCUGAUGAACUAUCUCUUGUAGAUUGUGUGAAAGAUCAUAAGUUAGAACCACAAUGUUUUGGAGAAGAACAUUUGGAGGAUGAUAAAUGUUCAAUAGAACAAAGAAUAAGUUCAGAUAUUGUACAAGAUAAAUUUGUUAAAGAACAGAAAGAAAAAUCUGUACAUGAUGAAAAUGAUACAACUUUAAAAGAUAAAAAUACUCAGAGUCUAGAGGACGAAAAUUUCAAUAUUUUAUGUAUGAAAAGAAAUACUGAAAAAGAAGGAAAUUCUAAAGAAAGCUAUACGGACAAAAAUACUCCGAAUAACCUGAUGCAACAAAUAAUACAAAAAAAUGACGUAAUUUUAGAAAUAAACGAAGAAAAUCAAAAUAAAAAUGUGAUAGAAAAACCUCAUAUGAGUGUAAAGGAAGAUACUAAAAUAAUUGAACCUUGCAAAGAUCAAAUUAACAAAGAACUUUUCAUAACGAAUAAUGAAACCAAUGCAGAUAUUAAAAGUGAAAACGUUGUGAAAACAGUUGAAAAUGUAGAAACUUUUUCACCAUUACUUAAAACAACAGAACAAAAAAACAAAAUAGACGAAAAAGAGUCAGCGAAGGAUAUAUACAUAUUAAAAGAAAAUGCUGAUACUUUUACAAAUGACCUUAAUACUAGUCAAACUAUAAAACUUGAUACAUUAUUUACAGAAGACAAUAACUCCAGCGCUUCAAGCAAUAUACUACCUAAUCAAUCUGAAGUAAACUAUGUCAAUGACAAUCUACUAGAAGAAUCCACAGAUAUAACUUUACAAGUUGAAGACAAAUUAAAUGAAAUCAAAACCGCUACAACUACAGAAAGUAAACAAGAAAAGCAAGAAAUAAAAGCAGAAAAACAUAUAAAAGAAUUAGACAUAGACUCAAAUAGUAAAGAAAACACACAGGAGGAUAAACAUCAAAUUACUAUGUCAAUAAAUAAAAUAGAGUCAGAAAUGGCUGCUGCAGAUCCGGUUACUUCUAAAAAGUUUGAUGAGGAAUAUAAUCAAACAAAGUUAAAUGAGAACAUUAAGAGCGAAAAUAAAAUCGACAUGAAAAAUAUUACCGAUAUCGAACCUUUACUUCAAAUAGAGGAAGAUGUUAGUAUAAUAAAAUAUUCUGUUGAGAUUAACAAGCCUCGUAAUGAAACGGAGCUCUUAGAUGAAAAACUAACAGUCGAUAGCAAUAACACGGCGAUUGAAGAAAAAAAAUCUUUAGAAGGAAAAUUAAAUAUUUCAAAAGUGAACGAUAUAGUACAAGAAAAUCUACAAUUGAUUAAAGAAACAGAUAAUAAUGAUAAAAUAAAAGGAACUGAGGAGAAAGAAGGAAUUACAUCCGAGUUAGAAAUGAAAAGUAGUAUAGAAGAAGCUCAGAGUGUAAAUAUUUCACAUGAAAAAAUUACAAUAGAAGAAAAUAUGCAAGGCCUCACGAAAAAAGAAAAUUUAGUUACAAAAAAAAUAUCUGGAGAAGAGAGUACCAGUCUAGAUAUAGUAAAAAAUAAUGGCGGGACAGUAGAACCAGAUGAUAUUAUAAAUAAGAAUAUUACCAAACAAGAAAUAGAACACCAAACUAGUAUUACACCUGAUGAUAAUACUGUUCACGAAAAUGUACAAGACCUAAAACUAAAUAAUGAUGCAAAUAAAACAAAGAAAUUUGAAGAGAAAGAAAAAUCUAAAUUUAAGUCAAAAAAGAAAAAAAAUGAGACUGGAGAACAACCAGGUACUCUACAGGAGGAGACUACAGUUCAUGAAAAAAUACAAGAAAUGAAAGUAAUGAGUGACCAAGAAAGUAAGAAUAGAAUAAAAGAAGAGCAGAAAGUAGCUGAAGAAAAAGUCAUUGAGCACCAGCAAGGUCACUCAAAUAAUACAAUAUCAGAUGAGACAAAUUACGAUAAAGCUGAAAAAGAAGAAAACUCACAAUUUUUUUCAAAUAUACAACAAAAUGAAGUUAUUUUAAAUACUACAGAUAGCAUAACGGCGACUAAAAAAAGAGAUAUAAAAGAAAAUCAAGAAGAAGACAAUCGGGAGCGUAUUGUGUUUCACGAAGGAGAUGAAAUUAUUGUAAAAGAUUUUGAUGGAAAAUUAGAUAAAAUUGAAAUCAAAACAUGUGAAGAAGAAAUUGGUGAAAAAAUACUACACAACGAUAGUUUAUUGCCAUCACCAACAGAUGAUGAAAAACGUGAAGGAAGUGUACCGAUAUUAGAAAGUCACAUCGACCUUGAGCUAAAGACGGAAAAUAUACUUGAGCGUACUCCAAUCACGUUGAAGAUAGAAGAGUCUUUACAUGAUAAGGAAGACCACUUUGACCAUGAAUUUAAAAUUCAAUCUCAUGAAAUAAUUACAGAAGAUAACAAAUUACAAAGUGGUGAAAUUCCGAUAAAACAACAACAAUAUAAUAUAAAUAACGCUGAGACUUUUGAUGAUAAAGCAAAAGAAAUAAUAAAAAUAGUAUCGAAUGAAGAAAUUAAUAGACACAUUAUAAUAGAUGAGCCAUUAGAAGAUCAAACUCGAGAACUAGACCAUUUGAUAGUUAAUGAUAAGAAAAUAGAUGUAGGAAUAGAAAAGAAGAAAGAUGAACAAGAGUCUCAAAAAAUAAAAGAAACAAAGGAUGAAGACCAAGAAAAUAUAAAAAAUCGACAAAAACAAAAGAAAGUUAAAGCAAAAACUGAAAAUAUUUUAGACCAUUCAAGCAGCCAAGAAAAAGAAUUAGAACAAGAUUCAAUGGAACAUAAUAUACAAAAGGAAAAUGACAAUGAAGUAGAUAAAACUCAAUUUAAAAAAGGUAAGAAAAAAAGUAACGGAAAUGGUAAAAAAGCUACAAUUGUAGUAAAACAGGAGAGUGAAAACCAAAAAGAACUGAAUGAAGAACUUAUUGAAAUAAAUCGGGACAAUAAAAACAUUGAGACAGAUAUUAAGCAAGAAACAGGGCACAUCCAAGGUAAAGAAAAAAGAGCUAUUAUUGAAGCUACAAGUAGUAAUCAAUCUACUACUAGAAUCGAUAAUCAAGAUGUUGGUAGAGAUGAUCAAAAAAAUAUAAAAUUAAAACAGAAAAAAGAAAAGCAAAAACAUAGCCAAGACGAAGAAAAGACAGAUGACAAAGAUAUUUUUAAAUCUCGCGAAAAAUCAAUCAAGACAAUGGACGCUAUGGAUACAGUUAAGAAAAAUACAGAAUUGAAUAGCGUUAAUGGACCAAUUACAAAAGGUGAAAAAGUUUUAUGUCGUCCUGAGAGUCAAGGGUUUAUAGAUCAUACUAAAACUGACUAUGCAUUGGAAUUUUCUAAGCCUCCUGGCUAUAUACCAAGAACAUUUGAUGUACCAGAUACAGUACCACAAAUCAAAACAAAUAGUCAAUAUCCCACUAUUUAUAAGACUCAGACUUUAUUAUACGAAUCACAGCUAAGGUCUUCUAUGUCUCCGCACAUAGAACAACAAUCAAAUAACGAAUAUAGUCAAAUGAAGGAAAUAAUAAAGGCUGCUAGUGAAAGUAGAAGUAUUUCGACUGAUAGGCGUACGGGAAUUUCUAGAGACGCUAAAAGAAAACCUGUAUUUUCAACUCAUUUAACGGAUCGUACAGCAGUAGAAAGUUCACGAGUAAAACUUACUUGUAGUAUAUUAUCACCAUCUAAUCCUACCAUAACUUGGUAUAAAAACGGAGUUUUAUUAGAUAAUAAACAAAAAUUUAGAAGUAAGAUUGUUGAGGGUUUAAUAACUUUAGAAGUGCUUAAUGCAGUUCCCAGUGAUUCUGGAGAAUACAGCUGCACUAUUGAAAAUGAAAAUGGUUCGAUUACCUCGUCAGCAAAUUUAAAAGUUUACCCAAGUUUUGAAGCUUCUCCUAUACCACCUACGUUCACUAGAUCUAUUCGUGAUACUUAUCAUUUAGCUGAGAAUGAAUUAGUACUAGAAUGUCGAAUUCGUGGUCAGCCUCUUCCAAGUAUAACAUGGUAUAAAAACGAUAAACCUAUUAUUUUGAAUGAGCGAUGUCAAGCCCACUACUUAGCUGAUGGUGUUUGUAGAUUAACAAUUAGCUCACCUACGUCUGAAGAUUCUGGAAAAUAUAAAUGCAAGGCCGAAAAUUCUGUAUGGUCGGAUCAAAUAAGUCACGAAGUAUUCUUUAGUGGUAAAGAAAAUCGCGUCAAUGCAAAUAUUGUAUCUUUAGAAAAGAUAAAUUUGAGACAGCAAGUUUUAGAAUCGCGUCGCCCACAUUUUACGAACGUUUUAUCAGAUCACAAAGUAGUCAGUGGUGGUACAAUUGGCUUACAAGUCGAAAUAAGAGGGUCUCCGACGAGAGUAGAAUGGUUAAGAGAGGGGCACUCUGUAACAGAUCUAUAUCGAAAUGCCCAAACGUAUGUAGACCAUGAAAUAUAUACUCUAGCACUUACAGAUGUAACUGAAAAAGAAUCAGGAUUAUAUACAUGUAGAGCUUGGAGCACUAGUGGUAAUGUUGAUAUGAAUGCAGCUAUAACUGUCGUCCAGCCUAACUUGAUUGAUGGAAAGCCGGCUACUAUAGUUAGUCGGCCACCUAAAGACUUACUAAUUUCAGUGGGUGAAGACUUAAACAUUUCGUUUAGAGUCCAAGGGGAUCCUAAGCCUAAGGUUUUCUUUAUGAAGGGAAUGAGAGACGUUACAAACAGUCAACGUGUUUGCAAAAUGUCGUCUGAUGAUUAUGUAAAAUUCACUAUGAAACGAAGCAUUGUGUCUGAUGCGGGAACAUACUGUAUUUUUGCAAGGAACGCUUACGGUUGUGACAGAGCAUUUGUGACGGUUGUGAUAAGACAGCGUGCCUCUUCCGAUUGUCUGAUAUCUGAUUGGACUUAUCCGAUGGACGAUUUAGCUAUUUCCUCAAUUGAAAGAAACUAUAAAUCUGUUCCCGAUCGGAUACCGAGUGAACCUAGUGUCGUGGAUGGCGGACAAAAUUGGAUAUCUCUCGCUUGGCCAAAGCCAGAUGCUCAAGCAAGAGCACCAAUUUUAGCCUACAAGGUUGAAGGAUGGCGUAUUGGUAAAGAAGGUGGAGCGCGUUGGGUAGAAUUGGGCAUCACGCCGCGAAAUUCUUUUGAUGCUUUUAAUUUACAACAAGGUGAAGAGUAUCAUUUUAGAAUUACUCCAAGAAAUCGUUACGGUUGGGGCGAAUCUGUGCAGACUUCAAUGCCAAUUGGGAUUGGCUUGUCCGGAGAUAGACCAGAAUUUACAGAAAUUCUCCCUGGUCAAUUAAAAGUACUUGUGGGUGGAACAGCAUUAUUAGGCUGUACUUUUAAAGGUAAACCUAUUCCUGAAAUUAUCUGGAUGAAAAAUGGCCAUGAAAUAGAGGAAGAAGCAGGAAGGAUAAAAAUUAAUAUUGAUAAUCUUACUACAUCCUUAAAAAUCGAUGAAGUAAAAAUAGAAGAUGAAGGCAGAUAUAGUUGUGAAGCAUCAAAUGUUCUUGGUCGCUCAUCUACAUACGCAAGAAUGGCUGUCAUUACUGAUAGAAACAUCUGGGAAGCGGAUGCAAAGUUAAAGAUAGAAAGAUCCGCUGGAAUAGAUGGAGAAUAUCCACCCCAAUUUACGAUGCGCCUGAGAGAUCGUCGAGUACAAGCAACGUAUCCAGUUCGUCUUACUUGUCAGGUUGUUGGUAACCCAUCUCCAAUUUUAACAUGGUUCAAAAAUGGAGAACAAAUUUUAAUAGAUGAUCGUCAUGCUGUAUCCCAAGAUGAGCACUUCUAUACUUUGGAGAUAGCACCAACUACAUUAGAAGAUGGAGGAGUGUAUGAGGCUAUGGCGCGCAAUAGUUACGGAGCAGUAAGCUGUCGAUGCAGCCUUGUCGUAGAUAAGGGUAUAAGAGCUUACAUUGCGCCGGAAUUUUGCUGUGGGCUUCAACCAUUAUAUCGCUUAAGUGAAGGUGAUGAACUCAGAAUUUCGGCAGUGGUUGAAGCUUAUCCAUCUGUCGGCGUUACAUGGUAUCGCGAUGGAGUUCGAUUAAGACCUAGUAGGAAAGCUAUCAUGACUUUGGAUAGAGAUGGGCAAAUCGAACUAGCAUUAGCUUCUGUGACUGGCCGAGAUGCUGGCAUUUACACUUGCACGGCAUCUAAUGAGGUUGGUAGGGCUUCUACUUCGGGAAAAGUCGAAGUUGUAUCUGGAGAAAAUGUAGUGGAAAAAACUACGAUGCCCCCAAUUGUUAUAAGUCCAGAUGUACCUUAUUCAAAGGAACCAAUUUUCAUAAAAAAACCAAGAUCAAGUGAAGCUCGUGAAGGAGACACUGUUAUAAUCGAAUGUGAAGUAGUAGGAGAUCCUAAGCCUGAUGUUUAUUGGCUUAGAGACUUUUUAAAGCCGGACUAUUAUCGAGACGCAAGUCACUUUAAACGUGUAGGAGCAGGACCUGCUUAUCGGUUCGAAAUUCCUCACGCUAAGCUGGACUAUACCGGCGCGUACUCUAUCAUUGCUAAGAAUAUGCAUGGUGAAGCAAAAGCUAUUAUAUCUCUGCAAAUAUUAGCAAAAGAUCCUAGAUCUGGUGACGAUGUGCAUAAUAUAAGAUAUGGGCGUGUGGACGUUAUUCCUCGUUUCGACAAGGAACUAACAGAUUUGUUGUGCUACGAUGGAGAUGCUGUAGAGUUCGAAUGCAGAGUAUCUGGAAACCCUGAACCCGAUAUCAGAUGGUUUCAUUACAAUGAGAUUGUACCAGAAUGCUUAGAUUUUGAAUCAUCGUACGACCUCGGUACAGCUAGGCUUAAAAUAAAGCAAGUCACCGCUGAAGACGAAGGCACAUAUAGGUGCGAAGCUUCCAACACCCUGGGGAAAGCGACCUCUAGCGCCUGUCUUGUGGUUUACCCUCCCGGCGAGCCUAAUACACUAUGUCAACGACUUCGACGGCCACCCGCGCUUCUGUCUGCCGCCUCCACGCCACGCUCUACACCCCGCUCAACCCCUCGCACCACACCGGCUCGUUCUAUGUCUCGCACACCUGGUCCGGAUUCGAGACGCUUAUGCAGUCCAUCGCGUGAAAUUGCACCAAAAUUCUAUACAUACCCGUACAAUAAGGUCGCUGAAGAAGGCGAUAAUGUAGUGUUUCAGUGCGCGGUUAAAGGCCUUCCUCCACCGUGGGCCACAUGGGAUAAAGAUGGUAUUAUCAUAACUCCGUCUGCCAGAUUUAGUAUUAGAGAAAAGGAUGAAAUGUUCAAAAUAUUGGAAAUCGAACAAGUAACAAUAGAAGACGUGGGUUUAUACAGAAUCACAUUGGAAAACGAUUAUGGUAGGGCUGAGGCUUCAGCGCGACUGGAAGUCAUCACACAAAAAGGAAAGUUCUAUGGCAGCACGAGAUCUUACAGCGUCUCGCCGCGCAAGUCUCUACCAUACAGAAGACACAGAAUAAAGUCGCGGUGGCCAAGCCAAUACCUUUACUUAAGUAGAUAUAAU